GGCCACAUUCUCUUUUCCCGCCAAUAAGAGAGAAGUUCGUAGAAGAUCAAAUCGCUCGAUGUGUUGGAAUGAACUCAAUGAACAAACUUCAUGCAAAGAUGUCUAAAAAACGAGCGCCUUUAUUCUGUCAUGAAAUUCCUCACGAUCAUUUCGGUGAGUGGUCAUAACAACGAACAAAUAAUUUGCAUACUCUGCGAGAUUUUGAAUAGCCAUGGAUCAUGUGAUACAGGGUAUUUUCGAGCACAUAAUCACGAAGGCCAUAUGGUCGUCAGACACCCGUAUUUUAGCUAAAUACAAGCAGACGCAUAACUUUCCAAAGCCUUAAACAAAAGAAAGUCAAAUGCAGAACCUCAAAAAUACUAAUUCUGCAAGCUGGAGCAAACAUGUGGGAAUUGCAAUGAGUUUGUUAUCAAAAAUUAAUCAAUAAUUAAGGUUUAUGUAUUAAACUUUAGUGAUUAAAGCUGAUGUUGUUUGAUGAUUUUAAAGUCAUUAAAGUUUAAUCGUUAUUGCUGAAUGUGCAUGCAAAGUUCACCCUUGGGUGUUCAUCAUAAGAAUUAACGUGCAUAGCUCCACAAUAAAUAUUAAUAAUAACAUUUUAUAAUACAAACACCUCUCAACACAUUAAAAGUCACACAACCACCAGAAGAACAGUAAUACUUUUUGUAGCUGUUGUUGGCUUGUUUAUCUUUGGUUAUUCUGUGUGUAACAGCUACAGAGUGUGGCCAAAUGAAUUCCUGUGAUACGAAAUAACCAGAAAAUGAAAUUUGAAUAAAGGCCAGCUUGAACUGUAACCUAGCUGUAGGGCUUGUGAAUCCAAACUUGUCAUCUUUGUUAAAUCCUGAGUAGGAGAUGACAGCCCUGUGUUGCUCAAUAUACCGCAGAUGCAGAAACCUUUCAACCAUGGUGAGUUUCUAGAUAAUUUUUAAAGCAAAAUGAUCACAAAUGUGCAUCACAGAAGCACUUCUGGGCCAAUAUUAUUUUACAUAUCCUGAUUUAAAGAUCGCUUCCUACAUGUAGUAGUGAUUCAACAAAAUGAAGAUCAGUUUUACUGCCCUCAUUUGAUCAAUUGUCUCUGUGAAUAAGAUGUGCUUGAUUAAGCUUUUACUCUAUAAUUUGUGGUUAAAUCAAUGUCGAUAUGAAAAAUGGCAGUUGGGAAAAUGUUCUAAAUAGGCUUAUUUUUAUUGACAUAAUGGUAUUUUUUAAAUUGAUGUGAAGGAAUGAUACUAACUGGAAAACUGACUUGUUGUACUAAUGCUUGCUGUAAACUCUCCUGCCUGACCUGGGGGGCUUAUUUUGUCAAGUCAUUUUUAAGAGGAAGGGGUACUUAUUGUAGAAGGGCAAUGUUUACUAUUUAAAACUGAAGCGGCAACCAUUGGAAAUUAUUCAUUUUUUGGGUUUAAGGAUCUUGUAAUGACUGGCAAGUGUCCUCUUUAUCUGAUCGUAAGCUCUCCAUUCUUUUACUUCAGGUUGGCAACGGGAAAUUAUUUACCGACACAUAGGAUCUAGCCGAAACAGUGAGGUUAAUUACAUAACACCUUGUGGAAAAAAAUUAGUAAGUUAGUGCAGAAUAUUUACCCUAACCCUUUUAAUACUAAACCAAGUUAACAGUAUAAUGGUGAGAUUAUUUGCCACUCUAAAUGUGGACAAAAUCUAUCGAUCUGUGAAAGAAUUCUUGUAAGUUAGACAUCUUGUAUUUUCGAAAGACAAAUUUGACCUUUUGGAAUUUUUUACUUUGACCACUGUUAGGACUGGAAAGUGUUUAAGAGGUCAUGAAAUCACUACUUUGUAUAACUUGCCAGUAAAGAUCAUUUUGUCUUUUUCACAUACAGAGUUGUCGGGGUGACGUGGACAAGUAUCGUAAGUCCUUUUCUUAAAUUCUCCUGAAUUAAUUGUGGAUUUUAUCCAGACAAGUACACUCAAAGAAAAUCAAAUUGCAGUGUUAUAAAGUUUUUGAAGAUGGUUGUUAAAACCAACAGCAGCAUUAUAGUUAUUAUAGUACCUGUUACAUCAAGGUAAUGAUCAUAAGUUGUUCACCUUUGAAUUAGCAUUUGGUUCAUACUAGUGCCUUGUUGUUGAUAGACGGUUACCUUGGACUGGAUUUGCCGAAAAAUGAUAACGGGAACAUUUUUUUACUCUUUAUAAACUAGAAAUACGUUUAUCGGAACACCUCGUGAAUCUGUGACGGGUCAGCAAUGUGAAUAAAUUGAAACCAGCCAAAUAAAAGAAAAAAAAAGAUGGUAAAAAAAAGCAAAAACAAAACUGCGAAGAAAAGGAAAAAAAUUCCUCCGGCGGGAGUCUAACCCUGGACCUUAAAUGUGUAAGGUCAUCUCCUUGUCAAUUGCACCACUUCACCAAGUGUUAAUUGUUCGUCUUGAAUCAAUAUGAUAAACAUUUUUGCCAGUGAACCUGCCAGCAGAUGCUGUUUUAAGCUGGUGGACCUGUAUUUAUCAAUAAUUAAAAGACAUAUACAAGGAAUAAAUAAGCAGGGUUUCAAUGUAAAAGCCCAGCUACUUUAACUCAUCUCGUCACAUUUAUUAUUCCUGGUAUUUAAAAACUGGUAUGUAGACAAACCAUUUUGAAAAACUGAUCAAAUGCCUUUUGUUUUUUAGUAAAGACAGAGAGAAUAGGUUAUUUAUCACCAGACUGGUUUUCUUUUGACAAUCAUGUCCUGGUUGGUGGAGGAGACAAAGAGGUACAAAUUAAUGUUGAGAUGUUUUAGUUGUUGUUACAGUUACUAAGGAAGUAUUAUACAGUUUAUAUGUAACUAUCUAUUUAAUAUAAACCAAAGUAUCUGCUUUCAUUACGUGUCACUGCUCUUAGGAAGUGUGUGAUUUGUUCCCUAAAUUCAAAAUUCAUAUUAUAUGUUUCAUUUAUUCACAAAACUUAGUUAAACCCUUUAAUGCUUCUGCUAAAUUCUUCUCGACCAUUACUUAGUUUUAUCCAUUACAAUCAAAAUAAAAUACCUCUGGCAAAAAAAAAGCACACAAUACAGUCACAUGACUGUGACUGAUUAGUGAAUAACGAGACAGCUGAUUUUGAUAUGGAUGGUGUAUGUCACCUAAAAGGCCAGCAGGAUAAUCCUCAUUUUUCAGUCGGGCUUUUAUGUACACGAUGGUUUCAAUAGGUGAUCAUACUAACAAUCAUGUGAUAACCAGAAUUUCCCACUAGGACAGCUGAUAACCAGUUUCUUACUUACCUAUGGUGCUCUGUUUAUGUACCCAGAGCUCCUCUAUUAACCUUUUUAACCCUAACUAAGAUCAAAAUUUGAAUUCUCAUUUAUUGCCCCUAUUUGUUUCCUACAGAAGAAGUGGGGAGAAGUUGAUAAAAUAUCAAGCAAAUUCAUCUUGUGCGAUCAUGUCCGUAAUUCUCAUGACCAUUCUGUUUUACAAAGCAUUGAUAUUACAUUUACAAGGAAAAAUUUGAUGCUGAUCACUCUUGGGGCUUAAAGGGUUAAAAUAUUAAUAAAAUGGUGAAUUGCAGGUGUCUCGCACGAUGCCAGCAGCACCUACACAGUCUGAGCCUUGGAGAAAAUCCAAGUAAGCUUCAUUAUUUUUUUUUCUAUUUUCUCAUGUUUUUCUGAUAUUUAUGAAAAAAAUAAAUUGAUCAUGAUGAUUGGUCAUGGUAGUUGUUAUACACAGUGUACAUCAUGUCUGCACACAAAUUAUGAGGGGCUUUUUGGGGUAUAUGAAAUAUGUUAGGAAUCCUGCAAAUGUUCAUUGGUAAACUAGUUGGCCAUCUUAUGAGCAUGGCCUUGAGAUGAACUCACCAGGCCGAGGGAUAUAUAAAUGGGAACAAAUUCAGCUAGUAGUCAAGGCGAGACUAACUGACUGCCAACUGAUUGCAAAUAAAUGCAAGUCUUGCACUCUAACCACAUACUCACCUGGCCUUCAAGUGUAAUGUUUUGUGUUACUUAUCUUGCAUGAAGCAUGUGUUGAGGUUCUUUAACAUUCUAGUUAUAUUUGUUUCAGGACAUCAAUGCAGAAUCUGUCCUUUUGAGUGUUAUUGUGCAAUUAAAGUUAUUUUACAGUGCAUUAUAGAAAAUUGAUAAAUUAUUAUUCACAUGAUGUUAAGCUUGUCUGUGCGUUACUUGUAGAUGGUCUACAGUGGUGAUAUGUACAAGAUAUUGUCCAGAGCGAAACAACACCAGGCCUUCACUGCAAUGCAACUUGUGCAAAGCGUUUUUUCACCCCGAAUGUGUGUUUCUUUCUCCAACUGAAGCUAAGAAAGUGAAAGAUUCUUAUGUUUGUACAGUAAGUUAAUUCUUUUAAUUUAUCAGAAUGCAAAGAAUAGAAUGUCCGAUAGCCCAGCCGGGUGAGUGGAUAUUGCCCAAUGGGCAAGUGAGGUUUUUGGGGCACUGAAAUUACAGAAGAACUGCUAUCAAUCCUGCUUGUCAAAGUUUUUUUUUUUUUUUGGACUCUUGGGCAAGUACAUGCCAACUAUAGCUUGCCCAAAUGGCAAGCUGCAAAAUAGACUCUCUUUGCACCCUGAUUUAUGGUAGUGAAAUCUUAUUGUAGAGUGAUAGAUGUGGAGCCAAGAUAAACAAAGUUUACACAAGACCAGUAUGAAGGGGCCAUGACUGUCAUCAGGAUAUUGCUGGUUUAGGUCAAUUCCAUGCUGAGGUCAUUACUUACUGCCUUUACCCAUUUUUUACAAAAAAUGUUCCAUUAGAGUCAUAAAGAAGAUAUCAAACCAAUUUGAUCAAGGAACACUAACCAUACAGUAAUAAUGAUAUUUAGUUGGUGAUGUUUUUUGCAGGCGUAGCAUUAAAACUUGAAAAAGUUGACCCAACUUUUACAUGUUUCAAUCCAGGUCCUUUCAUGCCAAAUCCAUGUUAAUAUUAUUAUAGACAGCAGCUGGCGACAGUUUCAAUGCCUAAACACAGGCUUAAGUAACAAAAGUGUAUUAUUAUCAUUUAAAUUAAUUUGUUUUAACUUUUAAAAAAGAUAGCAAAUAAUGCAAGCAUAGUUUUAGGUGUCAAGGAAACCUGUAUUGGAUCCACCCUUUUAAGUCAGUAAAUUCAUGCUUUAUUGACACUGUGACAUCAUUAAAAUGUAAAAAUUUGUGUGGUGUCUUUUUCUUGCUUCUCAUCAAUGUCUUGGAACUCUCCAGAAGUUGUAAGAGCAAAAUGUUUACUGGAAGGAAACAAAGGAAAUCAUUUUAGGCAAUUAUAUUUGUAAUAAUAUAAGUGGUUUCUUCUGUAAAAUAAAUUAUUAUUUUUUUACAGAAGAAAUCACUUUUUCCAUAAUUCACCUCAAUCAAAUCUCUCCACAAAAGUCAACUCAAUUUCAAUUCCUUUUGAUGUAGUGGUUAGCUGAAGUUGUUGUUAAAAUUGUCUAGACAAUCUGAUCCCCAUUUUAACUAUUUUAUUAUGUUGUAGCACUGCUUGCUAGAAGAGAACCCAGAUGCACUGAAAGUAAAAAUCAAAUUAACAGAUGUUUGUCCUGUUCUUAAGUUAUCAUUUGAUUGCCUCCUUCAUAUCUUGUCAUAUCUUCCCCUCAAUGACUUGUGCAGGUAGGUCUCUUACACUUCUGUCAAUUCACUUACAACUUUCAGAUUAUAUUUUACAGCUGCCAUUUGUUUUUUGAUGGUUACACUUAAGAUUCUUUAUUAGGCCUUAUGUGACAUAACACUUUGAAAGCAUCCCAAUGUUAAAAACAAAAUGAGGUUCUUUAUCUUCAAACAACAACAACAACAACAAACUUUAUUAAUAAACAGAAAAUAUAUUAUUACAGAAGCAUUGCCCUCAGCUAGCAAGGCUAUUCGAGUUGGGAUGAGCGCAAAAUAUUAAGUUAAGACUAUAAAAGGCUAACUUAGGAAAGUUUACAGUUUGCAAAUAUAUGAAGAAUAAUAAUAUAUAUUUUUUUAUUUUAGUGCAAGUUGUGUAUGCAGUAUGUGGAAUCAAGUGUCAUCCCAACCUAUCCUGGUGAGAAAUGAAAUAGUGGUUAUUGUGAUGUGAAUUGUGACACUGUAGUUGUGGUGCUUUACAACACUCUUUUAGUAUUAUCCACCACAUUCAUAUUUAUUGGUGUAUACUUUAAUGGUUAAUGUUACCAAAUCUAUCAGUCAUGGCUACAAUGAGGAUAUCAAGAAUAGAUGUGGAAUCAUAUUUUACAUAAAAGAUAAAAGAAAGCCUAAAAAAGCUUUACAUGAAAGAUUAUCAUAGUUACAAUAAAAUUGUUGACUUUAAAUACAUGUGAGGCGUCUUUUAUAGCUUGUAGUUAUUCAGCAAAAGACAUCUUUUUAAUUAAUGAACAGUGAGAAGAUUUCAGUUUGUUUGCUGAUUCAGUUGUUUGCUUUUUUAGUGGAGGAGAGUGUCACUACAUGGUCUGCAAGUUAAGGACUGGGACAUAGCUGCAAGAACAAUGGUGCAGUUUUCUACUCAAAGACUGGUGAGCUUAUAAAUUAUUAUUACAUGUAUGUAGUACAUAAGGAUAUCUAAUAUCCCAGAGUGCAGUGUUGCAUGAUUUCUGCAAUGAACUGAAACAUUUCUUAGCUGCUAUGUGCUGGGCCAUUGUCAGUUUUAAACCCUGUUAGCUUAGGUUAUAAUAUUCAAAUUGUAAUGGGAUGCAUUUUUCUGUUAAUCACAGGAUUUAAGGGGUCUCAUUCAUGGCAAGAGUCUCACUGAUUCUUGGUUAACCAUUGGAAAUGUUUUGCGUCAGUUGUCCAGUAUAAAAUGGCUGGAUUUUGGACUGGUGCCAACAUGGAUUCUUCAUCAAGUGACAGAAACUUCACCAGAGUAAGCAGUCGGGCGUAAACUUGUCGUUAAUUGAAAAGGCUCUCAGUUUCAUAAGAAAAUACAUUAGUUAAUUUGUUGGGAAAAUCUCAUAGUUCAUUAGAAGUCAUUUCUAGCAAAAUUUUAUCACGUCAUCCCUUGGAUUUUGAAAUUAUAUCUUCUGUGUUUGUAGUGUCAUAUUUUUGUGGAUAAACAGAGAUAUAGCUAAGAGGUGGCUGCAGCCAGUGAAUUUCACUGGCUGAAACAGAGCUUACCACCACAUCAAAUUUCUCCAAAAAAUAAGAUGUAAAUUAAUUUUUUGGUAAUUUUGACAGAUUGCAAGGCAAUAAUCCUUUUAAGCUUUCAUCCAGCUACAUCCCUGGUCAAGACGUACAUUCUUAACAGUGGUUAAUGUGUUGAUUGUUCAAACUGACUUAAGACCUGUUGACGUGUUGUCCCUGGUCUGAACCAUUCUUGACACUACUUCCAGAGACAACAUGCUCAACUUCACUCUUUUUUCCACCUAUGACAAAUGAGUCCACUUUUGGCAGGACACUAUCCCUCGGGACCUACUUUAGCUGUUUGUCAUUGUACGUGUAUACAGUUAACUCUCUUAAUGCUAGGGACAGCACUACAAUGAUAAAUUAUAAAACAGUUUAUCCAAGAGAGAGAGCAUCACUCCUACAAUACAGCUGCUUCAGACUUCAUUCUGGUCUCUUGGGUAUCCUGUGGCUUGUCUGUCCAGUAGUCAUGUUCACAGGCACACCAGUUAGAUACUGCAUUGUAUGUGCUCUUUGUUUUCCAGUCAGAUAGUAAUACUUUAAAUGAACCUAUCUUUCACAGCUUGGAGGUCUUAACUGCAGAAUGGAUAAGUGAUACUGAACCUGGCAAAUGGUAUGUUAAAGUCUAUCUUUCUUAGACAGCAUAUACAGCUGUUGAUCUAGACAUUUUAUAUGCACAUUUUAGGAAGUGAUUUAACAUACAUUGUGCUAGGUAUUGCACUCCUGCAAAACCUUCAUGUUGCUUGACAUUUUGAUAUAUUUCUCCCCAUAAUAGUAUUUUUUUCGCACCAUGAUAAGUCAUGUUUUAUUCUCAGUUAGGAAUUGACGUAGCUCGAAAACCAACAGUAAAAAUCUUGUUCUUUGCAGGGAGUGCACAUCACAUUUGGAUUUUGGAAAAAUUGCACAGCUCACAUGCCUUAAGAGACUACGGCUCCGGGCAGCUUGUGGUGUACUAACAGUUCCAUCAUUUACCUUCAGUGGAGGAUUGAUGGCCCUCAGUAACCUCAAAGACCUUACUAAGCUGGUAAAACAUGAUCGUGUGAAUUUAUGUAGAAUUCACUGAGUUUUUUACUGUUGAGUGUAGUCAGUCGUUGAUCAGGAAAAAUUUAAAACAUCCAUUUUCUAAAGAUAAAUUAAUUGUUUACACAAAGGUAAUGAAUGUUUAUUUUUUCUUUGAAUUUCAGUCACUAACCACUCUAAAAAAUGUUCCAAGCUCUGAAUUUGGAUUUUUAAGAGAUCUUCCAAAUCUUGAGGAACUUGAGAUAGGAGAGUGUUCAGACUGGGAUGAUGAGGUAAGAACUUACCGUAAACUGGGUAACCUGUGUGAUGAGAUGUGAGCCUGGGCAGAGAAGUUGACAGCAGCCUUUAGAUUAGAAAUAAAUAUGUCGACUGAUAGUCCACCGACAUCUCAACUGAGCGUCGGCCGAUAGUGUUAACCGAUACUCAGUCAUUACGCAAGAUCCAAGUUCACUAUAUUUCACUGCAAUCUCUUUGACUUUAAUGUGCAAUAUUAGAGAUUUGUUUUUCUUGUUUGUUUUGUCUUUUUUUUUUUUUCAGACUUACGAGUGCCUUGGAUGCUUAACGAAUUUAAAAUGUUUAAGAUUAGAGUGCGGCAGUUCUCAUGAUGGACUUGCACAGGCCCUGAAGGGUAUGCAAAGGUAAACCAGUCAUAACCGAUGUGGUCACCUUACAGUACUACAGAAACUGGCCUUUCAGUGGCUUUAGGAAUUCUUGUGGUUCACUAGAUCGUCGUUCUGCCUUUGUCAGGAUAAGGAUGUAUUUCUGCAUACGUUUUUGUUACAAGCCUUCCUGAAAAACUAAUAACAAGAAUGGUCUCCUCAAAGCCAGGUUACCGAAACAUGAUCUUAAGGUGAACAUGCCAAGGGGCUCUUUAUGCGAAGAUACCUUUGCUAUUUCUUUGUGGACUUAUUGCGGACCUACAAAAUGACUAAUACACAACUCGAUGAGGUUGCGCCUCUGUGGAGGCUAUAACCAGAAAAAAGAUUAUUAUCGCCUGAUUUAACACAGCUUGACAAUCUUGUGAUCGCAGUAUGGUGUUUUUCUGUUUGCAGACUUGUCCAUUUGGAUCUUAUCGUGUUUGGUAUACCUUCUACUUUAGCGGAUGUUCUUCAGCUUCUCCCAAGCCUUAAAACGCUUUCUGUAUGGCCACUUGAGGUAAGGGAUUACUGAAAAUAAAAGAGGGUUUGAUCUUUUGGAUUCUUGCGACGCUUGUUUGAAUUUGAAUUACUUUAAAACACUAACAGAGGUUGGGGAGGGGCAUUUGAAGGGAGGAGGGAUGCGCAGUAGUUGUGGGGGGGGAGGGGUGGGGGGAGAGCCACGUUGAAAGGAAAGAUUAAGGCCCCGUCCACACGAUGCCGGCUUAUCCUUUUCAUGUCGACGGACAAAAAGUCAGGUUUUCGUGUACAAUAAUGCCAUACAUCAUAAAGCGCAUGCCUUGUAAGGGAUGCUAUCGUAUUUCCAUUGUUUUAGCGUUUUCGUGUUGACGGGCGAAGACGAAUCGAAUACGCGUGUUUUUUUUAGAAGAGAAAAAAUCUCAGUUUUCAGAAAUAACUGGAUACGCGUGGACGAGACCUAAAAAGAAUGACAUCGACGGCGGCGACGGCAGCCAAAACGCAGAGGUGCUUAUUUCCAAACUGAAGCCGGAUAUCACGGCCGACCCUGUUUAAGUAACUCGUGUUAAAUCUGGGAUGACUGUCAUUUUUGACUUAAAUUAUUAUUAAAUAUAGAAAAGUUUGGUAAAAUGCCAUGCGUUAUAUUGGGAUUCCUGUGAUCACAUGUCCUGACUAUGCUCAAUUCUGUAUGAUAUUCGCUCAUUUUCUCCCCGGCAAAUGCAAAGAAACUGACGUUCAGGGUAACUUUUCCUUUAAUCCACAGGACAGUACAGUAAACAGCCGUUACCUUCAGGCAGUCUGUCAACUGUCUGAUCUAUAUUGCUUGGACUGGGGUGUACUCACUGGACCACAGGCUUCCAACAUCACGGAUUUGCCGUCCUCUGACUCUCCUGCAUCAAGUGAUGUGCUUUCCAGAGAUGAACCGUUGAUACCGAUCGCACCUCAUCUGUGCUCUAACUUAACAUCUCAAUUUAAAUUUCACAAAGACUUCAAUAACAAUUCCAUGUUGUCUUUAAAUGAACUAAACCGCAUCUUGUGCAAGAGUCUUCUCAUGACAGACAUUCGUGUCUUCAGAGUGCCAAUCACGCCGGAAGGCAGGCUGUACUUCUGAGAGUUUACAAGAAUCUUCACAAUUCUAAUUAAUCAAAAAACGCUGGACUGCACUUGCGCUUCUCGGAACAACCCGACACUUUUCAAUCGCGAGACUUAAUUGUGUCAAGUAGGUAUUUAACUAUUUAAAAUCUGUGUUUAACCAAGGUUUCCCCUCAAAACGAAAACGAUAAGUGGGAAUUGGUUAGUGAGGCAAUCCUCCCUAAUAUGGACACCAUACGAACUGCAGAGGCAAGUAUCCAGUUUACAACAGACUGAGAGGCGUCCGUAUUGUUGAGGUGGAAAUCGUGGAGAUCAGAGGGACCGCAUAACUAUCUAGAGAAAACUGGGUUAAGAGAGUGGCCUUGAAAACUCAUUUGUGCCACAGUUUUUGAGGCCAGUCGACCCGUUUUCUAGUUACGUUCUGGCCAAAAAUAACCAAAGCUACCCAAAACGCUGUUAUAAGUCGACCCUCCAGAUCCACAAGCCAAUCCAGUUCAGUUCAUCGUGAUCAUCCGUUCAUGCCGCUAACUCUCUAUAAUGGCUAUAAAUUUUAUUUUAAAGAUGACAAUCGUUUCGUUAGCGACAAAAAAAGUCACUUGCCUUCUUUAUACCGCUUAUCAGACUGAUAACUAGAGGGACAGAACACUCGGUUAGCCCUAUAUUAGCUUUUCAAUAUCUGGCAGCCACGUGGUAACAACACCUGACUAAAAUCAACUGACAAACUUAGCAAGCAUUUACGAUUAGUAAGGAAAGGGCAAUAAACAUUUAAAAACACUGUUUUUUAAACCCCCGCCCUUAACAUAACCCAAGAGAGGCUUGCAUAAUCUCAUAAGCGUCUCAUUUCUGGUUCAUUUAUUAGACCCGGAAAUAGUGUUGGUUAAGACGCUGACAUUUUAAUGUAAAAGCAGAGAAGUGACUUUCAUAAUGAGAUAUGCUUGGCAGAUAGUUGAGCAUUUGAUUAAAUCGCCGCACAGAUUCAAGGAAGACCUUGCUCAUGUACGCCGGAUCUUUUGCAAGUCUCAUUUUUUACAAACCUUGUUACAUAGGUUCCAGAAAUUAUGAAAAUAAAUAAGGAAUUGUCAGUUGUAAACGACUUCAAUUGGUUCCAAACGUUAAUGGAAUAGACCAAUAUCAAUGCAUUUCGACAAUUCAUACUU